AUGAUGAACUAUCUUUACAAUCUGUCCGAACCAACCAAGGACUUUAUUGCUGGAACUACUGCUGGAUUUGUGGUCAAAGUAUUGGAUCAUCCUUUUGAUACCGUCAAAGUCCUGUUGCAAACCCAAUCCACGGAAUCCCCCACCUACCGAAAUGCCUGGCAUUGUUUGGAAUCCACGGCCCGUUCGGAAGCUGGUUUCAUGUCCUUGUACAGAGGCAUUUCGUCACCGCUCUUGGGCAGCAUGGCAGAAAAUGCAAUCUGCUUUUGGGGAUACAGUCAUUGCAAGGCAUUCUUGGGCGAGUCCUCCUCGUCCUCCUCGUCCUCGGAUGGCAAACAAUUGAGCAUAUUCGAAUUGGCCUUGGCGGGAGGUGGCGCUGGAGUCUUGGUACCCUUGGUGAAUACGCCUGUGGAAUUGAUCAAGUGUCGAUUGCAAGUGCAAAUUGCCGCCGAAGCAGCCGCCGUUGCCGCCGUGGGUGGAGCCGCUGCAGCAUCAGCAGCUGGACCACCACGAUUUACACAGUACAAGGGCCCGAUUGAUGUCAUGGUCCAAACCAUCAAAAAUGAAGGUCUCUUCCGGGGACUCUACCGGGGCAACGUAUCAACUUUGGCCAGGGAAGUCCCCGGCAACUUUGUCUGGUUUGGAACGUACGAGACGAUUUGUCAUUCCAUGAUCCCAGAGGGGGGGACCAAGGCGGAUCUCAGCCCCGCAGCCCAUUGGUUGGGAGGUGCCAUGGCCGGAGCGGGAUACUGGACGGCAUUUUAUCCAGCCGACACGGUCAAGUCCAUGAUUCAAACUACUACUACCAGUACAGGGAAAAAUGGCACAGAAAGUAGUGGAAUGCUCAAAACCUUUGCCACCAUUUACAAGCAACAAGGAAUUCGAGGCUUGUACCGUGGAUGGGGAGUGACGGUGAUGCGGGCAGCACCAGGACAUGGAUUCAUUUUUGUCGUAUACGAGUACACUCAAAAGCUGCUGAAAGGAAAUCAUGAAUGA